UUCUGGCCACGCCUUCAGACACGUGACCCACUUCUCACAACAACAAAGCCGUCAGCCUGUCACAUCGAGACACAGAGACUUCGGGGGUAUUUGUAUAAUGGCGCAGGCGGGGGUGUUUUUGGAACAUGACCAGUUUAACUGCUCGAUCUGUCUGGAUGUGCUGAAGGAUCCUGUCACGGUUCCGUGCGGUCACAGCUACUGUAAGGCCUGCAUUAAAGGCUACUGGGACCAGGAUGAUUAUUUGGGGGUUUAUGGCUGCCCUCAGUGCAGACAGAGCUUCACUCCCAGGCCUGUACUGGGCAGGAACACGAUGUUAGCUGACGUGGUGGAUAAACUGAAAAAGACGGCGAUUAAUUCUUCUUCUCCAGUGAAAUCAGAGCCCACAGAAGCCGAGCCAGGUGACGUGCAGUGCGACGUGUGCACGGAAACCAGAAACCGAGCUGUUAGGUCGUGUCUGGUCUGUCUGGCUUCUUACUGUGAGGAUCAUCUGAAGCCGCACUACGAAUCAGCAGCUUUCCAGAAGCACAAACUAACAGCACCGACCUCGAUCCUGCAGGACAGCUUGUGUCCACGCCAUGACAAGCUGCUGGAGGUGUUUUGUAGGACAGAGCAGCGGUGCAUCUGCUACCUGUGUUUAACCGACGAGCACAAGGGCCAUGACACGGUGCUGGCUUCCACAGAGAUGAACGAGAAAAAGGAAGCUUUGGCAGAAACACAAAGGAAAUCCCGGCAGAGAAUUGAGGACCGAGAGAAGGAGUUGCAGGAGCUGAGACGAGCCACGCAGUCUCUCACUCUCUCAGCACAGGCAGCUCUGGAGGAGAGCGAGCGGAUCUUCACGGAACUGGUUUGCUCCAUAGAGCGGCGGCGUACCGAGGUGAAGGAGCUUAUCCGCAUUCAGGAGGUAGCCGCCACAAGCCAAGCCGAGGAGCUUCUCCGCCAGCUGGAGCAGGAGAUUGCCGAGCUGAAGAAACGAGACGCUGAAUUAAACCACCUCGCUCAAACCGACAACCAGAUCUCCUUCCUGCAGAUGCAGUUAGAGGAGGCCUUGAGAAAAUCGAAACAAAGGAGCAAGGAGAAAGAGAAGGAGCUUAGGAAUAUCAUGAAAUACCUCAAGCGCUCAGCACAGGCUGUGGAGGAAGACAGUGAGAAAAUCUGCACCAAGCUGCUGCGCUCCAUCGAGAGGAGACACAGCGAGGUGAAGGAGCUGCUCAGAACUGAAGAGAGAGCCGGAUUGGCUCAAGCUGAGGGACUGCUCGAGCUUCUGGACCAACAAACAGAAGAUACCAGGAGGAAAGAAGCAGAGCUGGAGCUGCUAUCACACACUGACGAUCACAUCCAAUUCCUGUUGAAGUACAAAUCCCUUUUGGUUCCUGCUGACACUGAUGAGUUGCCUGGUGUUGACGUCCAUCCAUACUUCUCGUUGAUGGUCCUGAGAAGAGCCGUCACAGAGCUGAGAGAGCGAGUGAAUGACGUGUGCGACAAGGAGUUAGCCAGAAUCUCCGAUUUAAUUAAAGGUGAACAGACUUUAUCAGCUGAAAGCACUUCCCCUGUUCCUGCAGAUCCUGAAAUAGUUUCUCCUGUGAAAAACGUAGACCAAGCACAAAGCGAGCCGAAGACCAGAGCCGACCUUUUACACUUCAGCUGUGAUGUGACACUGGAUCCAAACACUGCCAACUCCUACCUCUGCCUUUCCGAGGGGAACCGAAAGGUCAGCACCUGCUACGACUCCCAGUACUCUCCAGAACAUCUGGACAGAUUCAGCGGCUGGGCUCAGGUGCUGGCCAAGGAGGCCGUCUCAUCCCGCUGUUACUGGGAGGUGGAGUGGAGCGGCAGUGGUGGGAUCGGGAUCGGGGUUUCUUACAAAGGGAUUAUCAAGCACGGUGGAAGCGCCAAUGGAAAACUGGGCUGCAAUUCCAAAUCGUGGAGUUUGAACAUUUCUGGUGGCCAUUGUACAUUUCAGCAUAAUAAAACCAAGCUGGAGAUCUCAUCUCCUAUUUCAGCCAGGAUAGGAGUGUUUGUGGACCACAAGGCAGGAGUACUAGCUUUCUACUGCAUUUCACCGAGAAGGGACACCAUGACCUUACUGCACAGGACACACACAUCGUUCUCCCAGCCUCUUUACCCCAGGUUUUGGCUUGGCCUCGGUUCCACACUCAAACUGUGCCCCAUACUUAAAUUCUCAGUUUAGGGAAGGAGAACCCUACAAACUGGCUUUGUGGUAUCUUUACUGUUCAGAACCAAAUUUGUGUUCAGAUGUUCUUCACUGGUCUGGUCCGGGCAGGUCGUACUCAUGAAUUAACUUACGGACUAGAACACAAAGACUGAAUGAAAGUAGUCUGUUUAGCGAACUAGUGAAGGUUCACAUGACAUCUAUUUUAAACUUGGCAACUUGAUGAAUUUUUCAGGAUCUGGCAGCAUGUUUCCCUUGUAGCCAUAAUGAAAUACCACAAGUCUGCUUGACUUAUCACUAAUAAACAAUUUCAAAUAACCUGCAUGACUGAGAACCAUCAUGAAAUUUACACCCUGGAUCUCGACAUCGCACAAGUUGAGAUGUUAAAAAAUAAAAUAAGCAAAACUCUA